AUGGCUACCAAAAAGGGUCUUGAAAGAGCUUGUCUUGUGAGCGAGAGGGACACCAAGAAGUACUCCUUGGCCCUAGACAGGAUGAGCUGGCUUCAGAAGAAUUUAAAUGAAGAUAAGCAGCAGCAGGAAGCAGAAGUUGCUGAAGCUAAUCCAGCAUAUCACUGUCAUGGCUACUCACAGGCCUAUGAGAACAGAAAGAGGGAACAGCAUCAAGCCAGGAGGAAGCUCUGUGUAGCAUCAGUAAUUUGCAUCUUCUUCAUGAUUGCUGAGAUAACAGGGGAGUAUGUGUGUGGGCAGAUCGCUGGGAGCCUGGCAGUGGUUACGGAUGCAGCACACAUCCUGGUGGACCUGACGAGUUUCUUGAUCAGCCUCUUCUCACUGUGGCUUGCCUCCAAACCUCCUACCAAACAACUAACUUUUGGGUGGCACCGAGCAGAAAUUCUGGGAGCUUUGAUGUCUAUGAUAAUUGUCUGGAUGGUGACUGGCGUGUUGACAUAUUUGGCUAGCAUGAGGCUGCUACACCCUGAUUAUGAUAUUGAUACUACAGUGAUGCUCAUUACCUCCACUUUUGCUGUGCUCGCCAACAUCCUAGUAAGCCUGAUUCUGCACCAGACCGGCCACGGGCACAGCCAUGAGGCACAAGCCAGGGAACACGUGUCAGCCCCUCGAGAAAAGCCAGCUCUGAGCAAUGCCAGCUUGCGGGCAGCCUUUGUGCAUGCAGUUGGAGACCUAUUCCAGAGCAUUAGUGUGCUAAUUAGCGCACUUAUCAUCUUCUUUAAGCCAGAAUACAAAGUAGCAGACCCAAUCUGCACAUUUGUGUUUUCCAUCUUUGUUUUGGCAACUACCAUCACCAUUUUAAGGGAUAUUUUGAUUGUGCUAAUGGAAGGAACAUCAAAAGAAUUUGCAUAUGAUGAAGUGAAAGCAAGAAUUUUAGCAGUUGAGAAAGUGGAGUCUAUUCACAACCUUCAUCUUUGGUCUCUGACAAUGAAUCAAACUGCUCUGUCUGCUCACGUUGCCACAGCAGACACAACGGACAGCCAGAAGAUUUUGAGAGAUAUUACCCAAGCCCUAUUUGAGCACUACAGCUUCCACUCCAUCACUAUUCAGAUUGAAUCAGGAGAGGAUCAGAAACAAGACUGUAUCUUCUGUCAAGAGCCCAGGGACUAA